GAAAUGGCCGAAAUGGAAAUGGAAAUGGAGGAACGCUCCUUUGUUGUCUCUUCAGACCCUCACCAGGUUUAUCCUCUUUCUCUCUUAUCUCUAUUUUUCUGAUCCAAAUCUCAUUUGCGCCUCCCGGAUCAUCCUCUCAAAAAUGACGACAUCGCGGCGUCUUGCGGAUCGGAAGGUGGAGAGGUUUGAGAAGAACAUUUUGAAGAGAGGGGCUGUGCCUGAGACUGCUACUAAGAAGGGAAAAGAUUACCCUGUUGGCCCUAUUCUUCUUGGAUUCUUCGUUUUUGUCGUCAUUGGAUCAUCUCUGUUUCAGAUAAUCAGGACGACAACAGGUGGAGGAAUGGGAUGAGAGCCAUCUUCAAUUUUGAUGAGAGGGGUAGCAGGCAGGACAUGAGGUUAAAACUUAUUGAGUUAAUUUGUUUGUACUAUCUGUUCUCUGCCUAUUUGUCCUAUCCUCUAGGAGAAGUUUAGAAAGUAAAGAGUAAGUAAGACCAUUUAUGGUCAUCCUGUGAAUUACUCUUAUUAAAAAAAAAGUAAUUUAAAUAACAGUGCACAUGCCUAAGUGCUAUGCUAUAUGCUA